CCCACGUUAUAAUAGGAGUAAGCGGAUAUUGCGGGUUUGUCAUAGAGAAGAAGAGAGAUAAACAAACAAAAGAAAUGUAUAUUCUUAAUCCAUGUUCCAUGAGGGUGGAUUUAAUUGUUACUUAUUGAAUCGGGUUUUCAUCGUCAUAAUCGUUUAGCUGUAAGGUAAACCCCACAAGGACACAUAGACGGCCAUAGAUUCACUUAAAGGGUCUGAGAGCUACGUUAGCAUGCAGGCUAGCGGCUAGCUCAGCGUUUACGAUAACCGAGCGAAUAGCUUGACAUGUUUAUUUUAGUACGUGAGGAAGGAGUGCGACACGAUGGCCUGAAGCCCUCACUUGGUUAGCCGCAAGCCACACUUCGCUCCUCCGAAGUUUGGCAUUUAUUUUAAUACAGCUGGACAUCUUGGCGGAACUUUAAACGGAAUCGCUCCGUGAGCUUUUAGCGUCGUCACCAUGGCGUGGGCACUAAAGCUGCCCCUGACGGACGAGGUGAUCGAGUCAGGCUUGGUGCAGGACUUCGAUGCGAGUCUCUCGGGCAUUGGCCAAGAGCUGGGAGCAGGGGCAUACAGUAUGAGCGACGUGCUCGCCCUGCCCAUCUUCAAGCAGGAAGAGUCCAACCUGCCCCCAGAUAAUGAAAACAAGAUCCUGCCCUUCCAGUAUGUUCUGUGUGCAGCUACCUCGCCGGCCAUCAAGCUGCAUGACGAAACACUCACCUACCUCAACCAAGGACAGUCUUAUGAAAUUCGAAUGCUUGACAAUCGGAAAAUCGGGGAGCUUCCUGAAAUCACCAGUAAGAUGGUGAAGAGCAUCAUCCGUGUGGUCUUCCAUGACCGACGGCUGCAGUACACAGAACACCAGCAGCUGGAGGGUUGGCGCUGGAACCGGCCCGGGGACCGCAUCCUGGACCUGGAUAUCCCCAUGUCAGUUGGCAUGAUCGACCCCAGGGCUAACCCUACUCAGCUUAACACUGUGGAGUUCCUUUGGGACCCAUCAAAAAGAACCUCAGUUUUUAUCCAGGUUCACUGCAUCAGCACAGAGUUCACCAUGCGAAAGCACGGAGGGGAGAAAGGCGUGCCUUUCCGGAUCCAGAUCGACACGUUCAAGGAGAACGACAGCAUUGAGUACACUGAGCACCAGCACUCGGCCUCCUGCCAGGUCAAGGUCUUCAAGCCCAAAGGCGCCGACAGGAAGCAGAAGACGGACCGGGAGAAGAUGGAGAAACGGGCGCCACAGGAGAGGGAGAAGUACCAGUCCUCUUACGAAACCACUAUCCUCACAGAGUGCUCUCCCUGGCCUGAGGUGACCUACGUCAGCAACUCCCCGUCUCCUAGCUUCAUCAGCACACACACCACCUUCCCUGUGGUGGUGUCAGAAGGCAACGGAUCGCCCAGUGAGCCUGAGCCGGUUGUCCCGGUGGUAGUAGAACCCCAACCUUUCACUUGUUUUCAACCGUACAACGAUGACAGCAACAAGAACCUGUUGCCCACGGCGACGCCACAGGAUGCCCUGCAAUGGCUCCACAGGAACCGCUUCUCCACCUUCAGCCGCCUCUUCACCAACUUCUCAGGGGCCGACCUGCUGAAGCUCACCAGGGAAGACGUGAUCCAGAUCUGUGGGCCGGCCGACGGGAUCCGGCUGUUCAACGCCAUGAAGGGACGGGUGGUCCGUCCAAGGCUGACGGUGUACGUGUGCCAGGAGUCCCAGCAGGCCCGGGAACAGCAGCAGCAGAAACACGAGAACGGCGACUCGCCCAACAACACGUUCUUUGUUUAUCACGCCAUCUACCUGGAGGACCUCACUGCCGCCGAGCUCACAGAGAAGAUCGCUCAGCUCUUCAACAUCUCACCCAGACAGAUAAACCAGAUCUUCAAACAAGGUCCCACGGGCAUCCACGUACUGGUCAGCGAUGAGAUGAUCCAGAACUUCCAGGACGAGGUGUGCUUUGUCUUGGACACGAUGAAAGAUGACACGAGCGACGGUUACCACAUCAUACUGAAGUGAACGGUCAACACUGGCGCGGGUAGUCUCUCUCUCUCGUUCUCGUUCUCUCGUUCUCUCUCUCUCUCUCUCUCUCUCUCUCCCC